UUAACUGUCUGCUGUGUUUGAACUUCCAGCAUACACAGUAAAUGUUGGUUUUCAGAUUGACCUAAUGCAGGUACUCUUUGCACCUUGGGGUGGCAGAAGAGAGCAAUGCCACCCUUUCCAUUAAGCUGUUGGGCACUACAUUCUAUAAUGAGAAUCAUAAGGCUGGUUAACGAGGAAAAGCUGGGCAGAGCGUCCUGAGAUAACAAGACAUCAGUGACAAUGUCCAGUCAUGAGAAUGGUGACAUACUCGUGUAGCUGCUCGAGAUGUUUAGCAGGAAUGAAACUCACAUUAGUGAGGUUAAGAAGCAGGACAUUGUGGGAAAAAGGUGCAAACUUUAGUGGAUUUUCAAUUCCUCCAAGAACAAUUCCAGUGCCUUAUGUUAAAAGAAUCCAUAUUGUGUACAAUGAUAUGGGAAACUUGUCUACUCAUUACUUCAACAUAUCAGGUUACAAUCUCUUGACUUCUGUUAUUGGUUUCAUUGUUUAUGAUGCACCAUCACAUAUUAGCACCAUCACAAGUCUUAGAAAGCUUGAUCUUAGACCAAUGGGACAACCUAUAUCGAUCGAGUUCAAGAAUUUAACAGAGAUGAUCAAGGGAAGAACAACAAAGUACUGUGCAAUGUUUGAUGAAAAUGGAAAAGUUUCACUUAGUGUAAUGAGGUUUCCCAACUUAUGUUACACAAGAAAUCAUGGUCAUUUCACUAUAGUGUUACCUUCAGAGACAAGGAAGAAGAAGAGAAUAUGGGGUUUUUUGGUUAUCGGUUUCGUUAUCGGGCUAUUAGGUGUGGGAUUGGUGGCUCUUGUAGGAAGGAUGGUGUUGGGAAUUUAUAAGUCCAAGAAAACAUGUGAAAUGGAAAGAGAAGCAGAAGAAGGUGAGAUUUUGGAAAGUGUUAUUGUUGGUAGAAGCAAAAUGCCUGUUGCUAUGGUUACAAGAACUCAUCCAAUACUCGAAGGACCAAGUUUUCCAUAGUUUGACGUUAAUUUGUUUGGGACUGAGGCGUAGUUAUAAUUACAUCGUUUUGUGGUUUUUAAAGGUAAUCUCUUUUACUUUGUAAGAACCCAUUUUGAUGAGUUUUCAUUUGUUUCUUUUUACUCUUGUACAUACAAAAAAAAAUAAAAUAUGAAUUCAUUUUUUCUCU